CUCGCUACGGGUAUAAAUAAACGAGAUAAGUGCAAAGAACAGAGGAACACGUCUCGAGACCCAAGAAAGAGAAAAGAUCCCAUUUUCAGACAAGAUGCUCACGACACAUCCUCCACGAACCUUUGUCUCUGUCCCUCUCUUCUUCUUCCUCUUCUUCUCUCUCCCUCUCUCAUCUCUCUCUCAAUCGAACUCCGUCCACAACUCAUUCCUCAAGUGUUUCUCCGAGAAGACGAAAUUACCGCAGUCCCAAAUCACCGACAAUGUCUUCUCACAGAGCAGCCCUGCUUUCUCCUCCGUCCUCCGCGCUUACAUCCGCAAUGCGAGGUUCAACACUUCUUCUACUCCAAAACCCACGAUCAUCGUCACUCCUCGCUCCGAGAGCCACGUCAGCGCCGCCGUCCUCUGCUCAAAAACUCUAAAUUUUCUCCUUAAAAUCCGUAGCGGCGGCCACGAUUACGAUGGUCUCUCUUACAUCUCCGAUAAACCCUUUUUCAUCCUCGACAUGUCGAACCUCCGAGACGUCUCCGUCGACAUCGCCGCGAACUCGGCUUGGAUCUCCGCCGGAGCCACUCUCGGCGAAGUUUACUAUCGGAUUUGGGAGAAAAGCAGAGUCCGUGGCUUCCCCGCCGGAGUUUGUCCCACGGUUGGUGUUGGUGGUCAUGUAAGCGGCGGUGGUUACGGUAACAUGGUGAGAAAAUUUGGAUUAACUGUGGAUCACAUCGAGGACGCGAAGAUCGUCGAUGUAAAUGGUCGGAUUUUGGAUCGGAAAGCCAUGGGUGAGGAUCUUUUCUGGGCUAUCUCCGGUGGAGGAGGAGGUAGCUUCGGCGUCGUUUUGGGAUACAAGGUCAAGCUCGUUCCUGUACCAUCGACCGUUACUGUUUUUAGGGUAGAGCAGUAUAUGAACUCAGGAGCUGUGGACAUGGUUUACAAAUGGCAAUCCGUGGCUCCCAAGACGGAUCCUAAUCUGUUUAUGAGGAUGUUGAUUCAACCAGUAACGAGGAAUAAGGUGAAGACGGUGAGAGCCUCUGUGGUUGCUCUGUUCUUAGGCAGAGCAGACGAGGUCGUUGCGUUGCUUCGUAAGGAGUUUCCUGAAUUGGGUUUAAAGAAGGAGAACUGUACGGAGAUGACUUGGUUUCAGUCUGCUUUAUGGUGGGAUAACCGUCUUAAUGCGACUCAGGUUGAUCCUAAAGUGUUUCUUGAUAGGAAUCUUGAUUCGUCUAGUUUCGGUAAGAGGAAGUCUGAUUAUGUAGCGACUGCGAUUCCCAAGAAAGGGAUUGAGUCACUGUUCAAGAAGAUGAUCGAGUUGGGGAAAAUAGGGCUUGUUUUUAAUCCCUAUGGAGGUAAAAUGGCUGAGGUUGCGGUUACCGCGACGCCGUUUCCUCACCGUAAGAAGCUUUUCAAGAUUCAGUACUCUGUGAACUGGAAAGAAAACUCUCCCGAGAUAGAGAAGGGUUACUUGAAUCAGGCUAAAGUGCUUUACAGAUUCAUGACUGGUUUUGUGAGCAAGAAGCCUAGGAGUGCUUAUUUGAACUACAGGGAUGUAGAUAUUGGUGUGAACGAUCACGGGAAGAAUAGUUACAAGGAAGGAAAGGUGUAUGGAAAGAAGUAUUUCGGAGUGAACUUUGAUCGGUUAGUGAAGAUUAAAACCGCGGUUGAUCCCGAGAAUUUCUUCAGGAAUGAACAGAGUAUACCUACCUUGCCAAAUACGAAGGGAACGUUGUUGCCAGCGCCGGGAACGGCAAGACGGUGGUCACAGGCUGGAAGAGCCACCUUAGCUGCCACGGUGAUCUUACACGUCUUCUAGAAUAUUGAGAUUGCUUUUUUUUUUUUGUGUUUUGUUUUAGUUGAGUGAUGAUAUCUCUUCAUAAGAUGAACAGAGCCUCACUCUUUUCAGAUAUCUAUCAGAAGUUGAAUGAAUUUAUAAAGUUUCAAAAUUUUCUUGAGACACAGAUUAUAUAGUGGAAGUGUUUUUUUUUUACAGCUACAGUAAAGUGUUACGAGUGGGUUAAAUAAACUUUUUGAUUUAAUUGUUA